CGCAGGUAUCGGACCAACCGGCCGAGCCAAGGAAGGGAUGAGAAGGGCCGGACUGCCUGUCCCAUCGCAUUCUCAGCGAGACAACCACCACGGCACCAGGACAGCGAUGGCACCAGGACAACGAGGGCACCUGGAUCUCGGGAUCGGUCUUUGGAGGCGUCUGGUGCUGAUUCCCUCAUUCGAACGAGAUUGUACUGAUUGCAUCGGUUGAUUGCAUUGGUUGAUUGCAUCGGUUGAUUGCCAUUGAGCCAUGUCCGCUUGCAGAGGCCGUGGGGUGAGGCACCUGGAACUGUGAUUCCCCUCCAUGUGCAGCCCUCAACGCAUUCAUGCAGCCAAAUCCAUUCCGUCAAAUCCUUGCAUAUCCAUCUGCUUGCCGGCCGGCUGGGUCGCUCGCCCCUCUUGCCAUCGCCACCACGGCCGCGCCGUCUCGCCUUUGGUUCCUUCUUCAUCGCCCUUUGCCGCCCCGCCGUUCCUGCAGGCACUCCACCCCUGGCCAUUCCUUCACCGACCCAUCGAUCCAUCGGCCCACCCAUCCAUCCAUCGGCCCAAUUCAUUCUCCCUUGGCCUGCACCUGGACCCUGACCAGAUCCGCCCCCCUCCCUCACCAAUGGCCUCUGCCCUCGUCCCCAUCCAGCCCAACUCGCUCCAGUGGUUCGUCUCAUACACGAGCACCUAUGCCCCCGUCAGCUGCCUCAGUGCUGCGACGCCUUCCGAGCUUCUGUCGAACCUGGGCGAUUCGUUGCUCCUCACCAACCGCUGCCUCUGCAGCAAGCAGAGCUCGCCCACGGUGUGCUCCUACAUCACCCGCAAUCCGACCUCCAAGAACUUGGAUUUCUACUCCUGUGGGUCCGAUGCUGCAUGCAAGAAAGGCUGCAAGCUCGAUGGCUCCCUUAAAACAACAUCGUCGCUGAGCUGCAACAGUGCUCUACGGACCGUCUUGAGCACCCAGGACUACACCAGCCCAAGCACCUGGGACCCUCAUCUCAACACACCGUACUUUCUCUAUUAUACAUACGCCUCCAACGACGCCACCUGUUCUAUUCUCUACGAGGUCUACCGCUUCCCGGUCUAUCCAACCUGCACACAUAUCAACGGCUCGGCAUACGGCCUCUCACUUCUCAACCCAACCAGCCAUUACCUGGAACUCUUUGCCUGCUCCGAUCCACGCUGCAACACUUGCCACUUUGUCCGAUCCGACUAUGUUCGCGACCAGUGCGUCCUUGGUGUCAGUGCCGAUGAGCAAGCCCUCAACUCUUACGUAGGCGGCGCCAGGCUCAACAACCCAAACGUCGUCAUCUCGUCCACAUUCCCGAACCAGACCUUUGCCAGCACCUCGUCAUCGUCAGUCGCAUCGGUCACGCAGACCUCGGCGUCCAGCAAUUCUGCUUCUCUUUCUUCGGGCACGGUCUCCCCCACCGCUACUGUCCAGCCUCCUCCCGACAUUCAGAGUCCUCCCGUGGGUCUGAUCGCCGGAAUCUCGACUGCCGCAGGAGUUUUGGUGGCAGGGGUCAUUGCUCUGUUUUGCUACCGCCGCAACUACAACCGCAACCACCAGGCUACUUCGGCCGCCGACGUCACCAGCGACUCUGAUGCUGGUGCCGGCUGGACCCCGAUGCGUCGAGGCCCCGUCAACGCAUAUGCCCCUGUCUCUACACAGCACGGCGACAACCCUGGCUUUGGUGCGAUUCUGCGCCUGCCUCCUCUGUCGUUAUCAUAUGUGGAUCCACCUCCGUAUGUAUUCCAAUCGUCCUCGCCCGCGACUGCACCUCAGCUGGAUGCCAUCGCUCCCAUGUCGCUUCCGCAAUCGACCCAGCCCACGGACCGGCAUCCCGCCCCCCAGAUUCCCCUGCCACCUCUCCCCCGGGACGGCUCUGGAGCAUCCACCGUCGGAAUCACUCCCGAUAUCAUUCCACCAACGCACCCCGAGUCAAGCUUUCGUUGGUCUGUCAGCUCUGGCGACGCCGAACCUGCAGCCUCGGCUCGAUCGAGCCAGACGCUCUUCCCCGUCUAUCAGUACCGGCACCAGCACCAGCACCAGGAUGGUAUCGAUCCAUAACCGCCCACCUAUCCACCUGCGCAUACACGCAAAACAUACGUACAUACAUAUAUACAUACAAGAAUCCAACACACACACUUCUGAG